UCAUUCUGUAGAUUUAUGUUUGUUUAUUGAAUUCAGGUUGCUUUACCCAGAUCAGGCCAUAAUCAGUAAACAAUGAAUAUUGUCUUUUACUUGCAUGUUUCUCAUACAUUUAUUUAGAUGCAUAAAUGCAUAACUUAGUGUUUUUGAGACAGCAGGAAAAGAGUUCUUUUAAAAGUUAUGCUAGACAUUUUAAGUUAUGCUAGACAUUUUUACCCAACACUAAGCAAUGAGACAAAAAGAGGUCAAGUUAGGAGUUCUUCAUUUUCUCCUCUAAGUGACGCUGUUGUCUGGUGAAUGCGGGAGACUUUUGGAGCAUAUUAAGGCAGAGCUGUUUUAUUCCUUCGUCAUUGCAUUUUACAUCAGCAGACUAUAGACGUCAAUCCACAACACGAUUUUAUAUUUGACUACGGAAUAAUUUCAAAGAAAAUGUUCCCGUCACUGAACUAAAACAUUUUUAUAUAUAUAUAUUGUCGCUUUGUUUGCUCGAAGACUAGUUUUUACAUGGAGUUCAAAGACCUGCAACAAGAAAACGGUGUAAGAUGGCGAUUGGGGCUUGUGUGCCUUGUGCUGCUGUCCUUUCUUCAUCCGGCAAAUGCCCAGGUCCGGUACUCGAUCCCAGAGGAGCUAAAAAUUGGUUCUCUUGUUGGCAACAUAGCGCAGGACCUCGGUUUGGAUCUGACGAGGCUCCAUUCGGGUCGGGCCCGCAUCGUGACCGGAGAAAACAUCCAGUACACCGAGCUGAAAGCAGACAAAGGGACUUUAAUCGUGAAUGAGAGAAUCGACCGAGAGCAGCUCUGUGGAGAUGCCACACCGUGCAGCUUUACGUUUGAGAUUUUAUUGGAAAAUCCAAUGGAGCUACACCCUGUAACUAUAGAAGUGCUGGACGUGAACGACAACGCUCCCACCUUCCAGACCAAUCACUUGGAAUUUGAAAUUAGCGAAUCCGCAGCACUCGGCUCCCGUUUUGGUUUAGAGAGCGCGGAUGAUAAAGAUGUUGGUCAGAACGGCCUGCAGAACUACAUUUUAACUCCAAACGAUAAUUUCGUCUUGAAACAGCACGUUAAUCCAGAUGGAAGUAAAUAUGCCGAAAUGGUGCUUCAGAAAUCUUUAGAUAGAGAGGAAAAUCCACACCUUUCUCUGAAAUUGCUUGCUGUCGAUGGCGGAAACCCCCAGAAAUCUGGUACAGUAUUAAUAGAUAUUAAAAUUCUAGAUGUUAAUGAUAAUGCACCAGUGUUUAAUCAAACAAUAUAUAAGGCCACGGUGACCGAAAAUGCCCCAAAAGGCACUCAUGUUAUCACUGUCAAUGCAAGCGAUAUAGACAGCGGUUUGAAUGCUCAAAUAACAUAUCAUUUUUCAAAAUCAAAAGCAGGGAAAGCUGAUCUAUUUGAUAUAGAUGAAACCACAGGAAAAAUAUAUGUGACAAAAGAAAUUGAUUUUGAGAAAGACAAAAAAAUUGAGUUCAGAGUCGAAGCAAAAGAUCAGGGAGGACUUACAGAUUCAAGCAAAGUUGAAAUUGAGGUUCUCGAUGUUAACGAUAAUGCUCCAGUCAUUACGGUUAUGUCUUUUAACAGUCCAGUCUCAGAAAACUCACCUAUUGGUAAAACAAUUGGAAUCGUUAAUGUUAAAGACGUCGAUUCAGGAGAAAACGGACAAAUGAGAUGCGGGAUUGAAGGAAAUGUUCCUUUUAAAAUAAAAUCCAAUGUCAGAAAUUAUUACGCCUUAACAAUUGAUGCUGAGUUAGAUCGAGAAACUGUUUCAGAAUACAACAUAACUCUUGUUUGCUCAGAUCAAGGAUCUCCUAUUUUUUCAAGCAAAAAAUCGUUUAAUCUCCAGCUCUCGGAUAUCAAUGACAAUGCCCCUGUGUUUUUGAAAAAUAGGUUCAGUGCGGAAGUUAAAGAAAAUAAUUCUCCUGGCGUCUCCAUUUUAACUCUGUGUGCUAAAGAUUUCGAUGAAAACCAAAAUUCUAGGAUUUCCUACAUUUUAGAAGAGAAACAGAUUGGUGGGUCCCCAAUUUCUGAAUACAUUUCAGUAAAUUCAGAAAGUGGAGUCGUUCAUGCCGUUCGAUCGUUUGAUUAUGAACAGAUCAAAGAAUUUGUAUUCGUAACCAGAGCGCAGGAUGGAGGCUCUCCUCCUCUCAGCAGCAACGUGACCGUAAAAAUCCUGAUCCAGGACCAGAAUGAUAACCCACCUCAGGUUCUGUACCCAGUCCAGACUGGAGGCUCCAUGGUGGCUGAAAUGGUGCCUCGUUCAGCAGAUGUGGGCUACCUGGUGACUAAAGUGGUGGCUGUGGAUGUGGACUCUGGACAGAAUGCCUGGCUCUCCUAUAAACUCCAGAAAGCCACAGACAGAGCGCUGUUUGAAGUGGGCUUACAGAAUGGAGAAAUAAGAACUAUCCGUCAGGUGACUGAUAAAGAUGCUGUGAAGCAAAGACUGAUUGUCAUAGUGGAGGACAACGGGCAGCCCUCUCGUUCAGCUACAGUCAUGGUUAACGUGGCGGUGGCGGACAGCUUCCCUGAAGUCUUGUCGGAGUUCACUGACUUUCCACACGAUAAGGAAUACAAUGACAACUUGACUUUUUACUUAGUGUUGGCUCUGGCUGUGGUUUCCUUCCUUUUCAUCACGUGUUUAGUGGUUAUUAUAUCAGUGAAGAUCUACAGAUGGAGACAGUCUCGCAUCCUGUAUCACUCCGGCCUCCCUGUGAUUCCAUAUUAUCCACCUCGUUACUCAGAAACUUUGGGAACAGGAACUCUGCCACACGUGUGCAAUUACGAGGUGUGCAGGACGACUGACUCCAGAAAGAGUGACAUUAAGGUUGGCAGAACUGGUAGUCAGAACAUGUUGAUAAUGGAUCCCAGUGCCACAGGGACAAUGCAACGGAUACAGAGUGAGAAAAGCAUCCUGGAUGACCUCGACUCUCAUCUAGAGGUUAGUUCAGACAUUCUACCUUUUCUCUUUGCUGUAAGUUAUCUCUCAAUUUACAAAUCAUUUGAAGAAAAAAAAAAGCGUUGAAACACGUCCUAAAAUAAUAGUACUCUAUAUUAGAUGCAUAUGCGUUGCGCUACACAAUGUAAAAUGGACAAAAAAUAUGUAGGGGAUGAAAAUGUGAGGUUCUUUGAACUCAUUUGUUUUCUAUCCAUCCAUCCAUCCAUUUUCUGAACACCCUUGUCCCUCAGUGGGGUCGGGAGGGGUCAUUUGUUUUCUAAUCCGGAAAAAAAUAACUUCGGCAGGUGCGCAAAUAUACUCUCUGAUUUGUAUGCAGACACAAUGUAGACGCUAACGUGCAUAGAUUUGAAGACAUCAUUGCCCUUCUAUUUUUUAUCAAAAUGGUGGAAUUUCUAAAAAAAAAAAAAAAUAGGCCAACAUAGUGUUUUUGGCAUUAAAAUAAAAUAUUCCAAACUUUAUUGGAAUUCUGAAAAUAUCCACAAGCCCCAAUGUAGCAGUAGAAGAACUAACCUGUUGUGAUCGUGUAUGGUGGUUAAAAGAGAAAAGACAUCAGUUAUCAUACGUGAUAAAUCACCACGUAGUCACCUUGUUAAUUCCCCAAAAAUAAUGGUCAGUGAAAGACAACAUAUCAUCAUAUGUAUCGCUUCGUCACGCUAUCAGGAAGUAAUUUAAGCUUUUGAUUACAUGCUUCUGAGUUCUCUGUGUUGAUCUUAGCAAUAGAUCUUUAGUUGUACAUUCAUUCAUUUUAUUAUUUUUAGCUGUUUUAUCUCCCUCUUCAAUUUAAAAGCAAUAUUAAAUCCUAAACUCAGAGGAUACAUAUCUAAAGUAUUACAGUCUUUAGCCGUCGUUUGACAUUUCUGUAUUUUUUUUUUAACUCUAAGCGACGCUGUUGGUCUGUAAAAAGAUUUUCUGUGCAUCUCGUCACUAAGGCUGUCCUCAUGCAGAAUGUGCAGAGGAGGCGGGUCGUUUUACUUUAUUACAAAUUCAAGGUAGCAGCUCUACCGGACUGAUAAAAGAAGACUCGGAAAAUCAACAUUUAU